GACUGCAAUUCUACAACCUGUGUCAGUCCAGUAAUCAGAGAGCUUCAAAACUCCAUCACUCUUUUUUUCUUGUCCUCUUCAGUCGAAUUGAGAGUGUCUUAAACCUCCAAUUCAUUUACAUUCAGUGGAAAGUUUUGUGCUUCAUGUGCCUGUGGUAAUCAGCGGCAGUCAAGACAUGCCGAGCUAGUUUACUUAGAGUUGCAGGUCUCAGUUAAUUUUUUUUAACUUCAUUUGGAAAGUCGCAAUGACACGAGCACGCAAUGUUGUAGUUGCCACUGGCUUACUGGCUUUUGCAGCUGCAGGCCUAGCGUUUCCAUUUUAUAUGGCGACCUCUAAGAGACCUGUGAUUGACUCAUCUAAGCCACUUCCCCCGCAGGCAACUUUCCGAGGGCCUUACGUAAAUACUGGUUCACGUGAUGUUGGACCUGAUCAUCAGACUUACCCAAAGAAAUGAUUAUUUUCCUUGAAUAGCUGGUGUUGAUUGUAAGUAAACUGUCUGCUCAUUUGCGCACUAUAUAAAUUGAAGAUGUGUUUGAAAUUGGGCACUCUUUUGGACUAAUGGAUGUCUCUUUGGAUACUGGCCUAGAAAUUCGCUUAGCUCCCCACAGCAUAAUGAGUAAUAGCUUAUUUUUUGUACUCAUGGAAGAAGACAGGUGAAUAUCACAUUUAUUAUUUUGUAAGAACUCAAAUGUGAGAAGUAUGACAUAAUUAUCAGCUUCUGCUUCCAUCAUCUGAAGUGGAAUAUAAAAUUGAUUGUGUGCAAGUUUUCUGGAAUAUUUUAUGCUUGGAUGCGCCAGGAUAAUCUUGUCCCAGUGCACUUGGUAAGAUUUCCUAUGCUUGCAGCUGAUAGCUUGAUCUGUA